AAAGACAGCGGGUACCAGCUUAGGCAAGAUGAUCCAUCAGUAUUAAAGGAAAUAAUACAACUUGUCCAUAAUGAAACAAGCAAAAAAGAUCCGAGGAGUUUAGGAUCGCGCACAAAAUUCAUGAUAGAGACUAUUGUGAGCCUUAAAAAUAACAGACUGAAACAGCAAUCAGCCGUAGCAAACACCGAAAGUUUGUUAAGGAUGAAAAAAUUUCUUUCAAACUUAGGGAAGAGGAUUCAAGUUCGAGCCACUGAACCGCUAAGAGUAAGUCUAGAUGACAUUCGGUCGAUAGAGACAAAAGGUAAAUGGUGGAUCGUCGGUGCAUCUUGGACCGCUAAUAUGAUUGACCAUCCAUCCACAUCUGCUACACCAAAGACGGAAAAGAAUGAAGUCGCUUCGGACGCCUUGUUGAAUCUGGCAAAGCAACAAAAAAUGAACACUGAAGUACGCAGAAGUAUCUUUGUGGUUUUGAUGAGUAGUGAGGAAAAGAUCCAUAAUCCUUAUUACGCCCUCAUUGCUCAACGGCUUUGCAAUUAUGACCAUAGCUUUAAGAUAACUUUUCAAUAUUGUCUGUGGGACUUUUUAAGAGAAUGUGGUGAAGAUGACAUAGGUGGUAUGGAACUAGUUAAGAUUGCUCCGAUAAAAAAUAAAGAGUCAGAAAAGGUAGAAUUAAGACGACUUGUUAAUGUGAGUAAACUUUACGCAAUGUUGUUGUCAAGUGGCGAAUUGUCGGUAAUAAUAUUAAAGACAGCAUCAUUUACUAAACUGCAUCCUCAAAGUCGAUUAUUUUUCCAACUUCUUUUUUCAAACGUCAUUAUUUUAACUCAAACACAAAACGCGAGAAAACGCAAUCCCCAAGUACUUGCACAGAUAUUUCUCAAGGCUUUGCCUAAUCCUACGUUAUCGCAAGGGAUCUUAUUUUUCCUUCAUCAUUUUGUGAAAAAAGGUGGAAUUUUGAAAGACGAGAAUGAAAAAGAAAUAGUGAAAUGGGGAUGUGAUGUUAUUAAGCAGGCUAUAAAGAAAAAU